UCCGGUACAUGGUGGAAACAUGUCGGGAAGGAGAGUACUCAGCGGAGGAACUGCGUUUAUGAACGGCACACCUGAGACCUAAACAGCACGGUAAACAGUCGGGGGCGGACGGUGGUGUUUUAUGCGAGGUUAGAGCAACUGCUUGGGGGCUGAGGUACUAUUUCACGGAAGCCGACCAGUCCGUGUCGAAUGGACGGAUAGAGACAGGCUGCCGGGGCUUGACACGAAGAAGUAGCCUAGCAGGCAGGCGGCCGGGGCGGGCAGAGAGAGAGGAGGAACACCGUGUGCGGGCUGAAAUCAAGACGGGGCUGCUCUUAGCCAGGGAAUGUUAUCCGUACUGUCUUAUGGCAGACUGGUAGCCAGGGCUGUCCUGGGCGGACUCUCUCAGACCGACGGUCGGGACUACAGUCUGAUCACAGCCAGUUAUGGCUUUGGUAAAGACUUUCGCAAGGGGAUCCUGAAGAAAGGGAUGUGCUACGGGGAUGACGCCUGCUUCAUAGCGCGGCACAAGACCGCCGAUGUUUUGGGUGUAGCAGAUGGCGUAGGUGGUUGGCGUGAUUAUGGCGUUGACCCGUCUCAGUUCUCUGCCACCUUAAUGAGAACCUGUGAGCGAUUGGUGAAGGAGGGACGCUUCACUCCCAGUUAUCCAGUAGGCAUCCUGACCUCUGGUUACUAUGAGCUUCUACAGAACAAAGUUCCACUGCUAGGGAGCAGCACAGCCUGCAUUGUGGUUCUGGAUCGACGGAGUCACCGGCUACACACAUGUAACCUCGGUGACUCGGGUUUCCUGGUGGUUCGGGGAGGAGAGGUAGUUCAUCGCUCAGAUGAGCAACAGCACUAUUUUAACACACCCUUUCAGCUGUCCAUCGCUCCUCCGGGAGCCGAAGGGGUGGUGCUCAGCGACAGUCCGGAAGCAGCUGACAGCUCCUCCUUCGACGUGCAGCUUGGUGACAUCAUCCUGACGGCAACUGACGGCCUCUUUGACAACAUGCCAGACUACAUGAUCCUUCAGGAGCUCAAAAAACUCAAGACCACCAACUAUGACAGCAUCCUGCAGACUGCACAGAGCAUAGCAAAACAAGCUCAUGACCUUGCCUACGACCCGAACUAUAUGUCUCCUUUUGCACAGUUUGCCUGUGACAAUGGUCUGAAUGUAAGAGGAGGGAAGCCAGAUGAUAUCACGGUGCUGUUGUCUAUUGUGGCUGAAUAUACAGACUAAAAGUGUGUCUGUGUGUUUGUGUGUGAGUGUGUGUGCUUCUCUGGGGCUGACCCUUCCUUCCUAUCUGCCUGAGUCUUCCACCUGCAGCCCUCCCAAAAUGCACUGCGUCCUGUGGGCCGAUUGGAGAGGCCCACCAACGCGACACACACUCCUUGCUGCGGGGCUGACGUCCACCCGUGUAACAUUUUGUUUUCUUCCUCCGUUUUGUUUUGGUGCUUGAACGGUUGCGGGGAAGCAGGCAGCUAGGACAUUUUCAUGUUGAUCAUGAUGGGGGAAGAGCCGAGUACAGUGGUUUGGGCGAUGCCUUUCAGUCUCAUUUUGUGGCAUCGACGCUUUUUUAAGUGAUCUGACGAAGAGUCCACAACAGUUGGGAUUAACUAGGGGUUUUAACAUCUGGUAGCCCUCAUGUAUAAAAAGUGAUAUUAUAAGAGGAGAAAGCCAUGGUUUUGGAUUGUUAAAGUAGUGAUAGAAUUGACUAAUGUUUUGUUUCAGUUGUUAAUCCGUUCCAUGUUGUAAAUGUGUUUGAACAAAGCAUAUACUGUAGAUGGACUGAGGAAGCUGAUGUUGGGAGUGGUUGGGUGUUACUGGAGAAUGAAAAGUAAGAGUUAGGUUUGGGAAUGUUUAACCGUGUAAGAGCUAACCAGUAAUUUGCUGAGAUCAAAGAAAUCUGUAAAGAGAAACUGCAACACAUUAGAGCUCACAUGUGAAGGGUAAUCAGGUUUUGUCACUUGGCUGAGGGAUCUGUCGGUGCGCACAUCCUGAUAAGUUGUAAAUAUUUCUGUGUUUUCAGGGCUACGUUCUGGCCUUUGUUACUGUUGUGGAAGAUGUACACAUGCAUUCAUAAAUAUAUUUUCUUGUAUAGAUGUUAAUCUUGAAGUGAGCUUUAUCAAUCCCACACUUCCACUCGCUGACAUGAACAAGAAGAUAUUUGCUGAGAUUGAUUGCUGCAGUUGUGUGGUAAGAAGGACGUUAAAAAUGUGUGAGUGUGCAUGGGUGUGUGGUAUAGAUGUGGAAGGUUGUUAUUGGAAUGUGUGGGGUAUUCAAUGUUAAUAUUGGUUAUCUCACAAAAGCUAAAAUUAGCAUCUGGGAAUGCUUACAAUUGCAAUGAUAGGUCAGGCAUCAAUUUAAAGGAAAAGAUGUAUUUUUUUAACGUUAUUUAGUUUUAAAAGUAAGAGUUUGAAGUGUCUGCUGAUAUGAAGUAUGUGUGAUGGAUGACACAAAAAUCCAGCGAUCUUAAAAAGAGUGAGUGCGUGGGAGUGUCAGAUUUGUUUUUAUUUCUCAGUUCCUAAUUUCCCUUUACAUUUGUUUGCUGCUUAUCUUUUGUAAUUCAGAUGUCUGUAUAUGACUUGACAUGAUUUAAUUGAACAUGGUCGUCAUGAUUGUAGAGAGUGUGCGUAAAUGUGUGUGUAUGUGUGCUGGAUUUCAUCCAAUUUCAUUAAUCAAAGACAUUGGUAAUACUAUUCUGCUCAUGAUAGUAUGUCCCCUUUGCUAAACAGCUCGCCCAAGUGGUUUGGACAGUGUCUUUACAGUUUAAAAGCAGGUGCACCAAAGACAUGUUUUCUUUGUGUAUGUCAUUAUGCUUUGUUGUUAUAAACAUCAUACAGCAAUACUGUAAAUUCCUGUGGGUGGGUGGAAAUGUUCAGAGUGACAUUAAAAUGUCUUUUCUAUGCCUAAAG